UGCCUCUAUAAAUAUUCAGUACCGCUCGUCACCUUUGACUCUUUUUCAUUGUUGUUCAAAUUUGAUUCCUUUUCAUUCUCGUUUGAUUUUGCAAGAAGUAAAUUUCAAGCAAAUCCCGCAAUCCGAAGAUUAGCUAGAAAUGAAUUCGAAAUCCCAACCAGAAAACCUCAUCCUCGUGACUCGGGAACCAAACGGUAUCGCUUCCGUGACGAUCAAUCGCCCUAAGUCGCUCAACUCCUUGACCCAGGCGAUGAUAGAGAACUUGGCCCGAGCCUUCAAGAGCCUAGACAUGGAUGAGGCGGUUCGGGUGAUAAUUCUGUCAGGAUCGGGUCGGGCGUUCUGUUCGGGUGUGGAUUUGACGGCCGCUGAGGGUGUUUUCAAAGGAAACGUGAAGGACGAGGAGAUUAACGUGGUGAUCCAGAUGGAGCGGUGUAGAAAGCCAAUAAUCGGAGCAAUUAAUGGCUUCGCGGUGACGGCCGGGUUCGAGAUCGCGCUUGCUUGCGACAUCUUGGUUGUUUCUAAAGGCGCCAAAUUCCUGGACACUCACGCCAGGUUUGGGAUAUUUCCUUCUUGGGGUCUCUCCCAGAAGCUUUCGCGCAUGAUAGGAGCAAACAAGGCUCGGGAAGCAUCACUAGCAGCUGUGCCCAUAACUUCAGAGCAAGCUGAGAGAUGGGGCUUGGUGAACCAUGUUGUUGAAGAAGGCGAAUUGUUUAAAAAGGCCCGAGAAGUUGCUGAGGCAAUAAUUAAAAACAAUCAAGACUUGGUGUUGAGAUACAAGUCAGUUAUUAAUGAUGGCCUGAAGCUGGAUCUGGGCAGUGCUCUCGCACUAGAAAAGAAAAGGGCACAUGACUACUACAAUGGAAUGACCAAAGAGCAGUUUCUGAGGAUGCAGGAAUUCAUUGCUGGCCGGAGCUCGAAGAAACCUUCGUCCAAGUUGUAGGUCUAUGUAUGUGACACAUGCAUUAAUUUUGUUGUGAAUUUUUCCUUGCUCCUCAACCCAGAAGUUGAGCUACUAAGAUGAAUAAACCAUCAACUGAUUCAAUUGCGGGUCUCCUAUUCAUAUUCUAUAGCUGCUGAAAAUGUUAUCAGGUGAUGACGCUGUCUCUCCCUAAUUGAAGCUUUUGUAAUUGUUUCUCGGAUCCGAUCCUUUAGUUUCACACCGUUCAUUCA